ACUGAAAUAGCAGCAUUGACCUCCGGGAGUUACGUAACCGCGUGGUAUCUGGAAUGAAGUGUAUCUUGCAGUGAUGUAAAGUGCCUUGAACUAUAUCUAGUGAACUCCUUCUAUAGUAGACUAAUCACAGACUUCUCAAUAUGUAUUAAUCAUUUCUCAUCUUCUUUAGACGGGAUUGAUUUCACUUCUGUAAAAGCAAUGAAACACGAUAUCUUCCAAAAUUACUGCAAGGGAUUUCGAUGGCUUCCGUUUCGCAGACAGUCCUCUUCUACUGUUCACGCCCCCAAAGGAUCCACCACCACUUUUCAAUCAAAGACAUUGGCAGAUGUACCAGGGCCACGAGGGGUGUACAAUAUUCCUUUCAUAGGAAACGCCCUACAGUUUUACCCAUACAUGAAGAAGAAAGACACUCACUUGUUUUUUCAAGAGCUGCACAUGCGCUAUGGUAAACUGGCAAGGAUGCGCCUCGGAUCUAAGAACUGCCUUCUGCUUUUUGACCCGACAUUGAUUGGUGAGGCUAUGUCACAAGAAGGAAUCUAUCCGGAACGAUAUCCUAUUCAAAUGAUGGAGGCUUAUGUGAAAAACACAAGGAGACCCCUUUUUAGUCAACAGAAAGGACUGGAGUGGCAGAACAUACGGAGCCCUGCACAACAAAGCAUAAAAUCAUCUGUCAUAAAAAGUUAUUUAGGCCAACAAAUCCAAUGCGCCGAGGAAUUGGUCACGUGGCUUGGUAACCAUGGUAACAAUAAUCCAAACGUCAAAAAAGUGUUCAUGCGAUAUUCGGCCGAUGCCAAUUCAGUAGUGGCGUUCGACAAAAAAAUCGGUUUUCUUAAGAGUCUGGAGCACCCUGAUCCUGAACUUGAACUCUUUCUACACAGCAUCUCUCAGUUCAUGGAGGCCAUAGGUGACAGCUUAUUUUCAGUUCCAUGGUUUAAGUUGUGGCGAACGAAGUUAUAUGUGGACUUUGAGACUGCAGCUGAUACAGUUUAUAGAAUAAGCGAGAAGUAUAUUGAUGAGGCAAGACGAGAACUGAACCGCCGAGAAGGAGACCUUCGUCUAGACCCAAGCGAUGGUGACCUGACGAUUCUGAAAUCACUUCUACAAAAUGAGCGGAUGCCUGAUUCCUGUACUGUAACACUGAUGUCAGCGCUUCUGUAUGGCGGGGUGGAACAGGUUUCCCAGUUGUUAAUAUGGAUGUUGUGGUUGCUUGGGAAGUCACCAGACAAACAACAGAUCCUUUACAAUGAGAUUUUGAGCAUAGGGGAUUCCCCUCUUACUGCAGCUCAAUUAGGACAUAUGCCUUAUUUGAAAGCUUGUGUCAAAGAAACAUUCAGGAAUGUCCCUCCAAUAGCAACUGGAAUCGCCAGAAAACUCCAACAAGAUACAGAAAUAGGGGGAUACCACAUACCUAAAGGAACCUUCAUGUUUUUCUGCAACAACACCCUGUCUUUGUCCGAAGAGCAGUUUGAGAACCCAGAAAAGUUUCUCCCUGAGCGGUGGAUAGAAGGGAAAAACGACAGCCAGAAGCAGAGACUUAUGGGACUCUGUGUACAACCAUUUGGAUUAGGAAAAAGAAAUUGCCUAGGGCGGCGGUUCGCCGAACAGGAAAUCCACCUGGCUGUUAUAAAGAUUUUACAGAAUUUUGAAGUGGAGGUAACUGAUGACUGUAGAGAUGCCCUUCCCCAGUACACAACAUUUGCUGUCCCUGAUCGACCAAUCAAAUUCAUAUUUAAAAGGCGAUGACAAUCAUAUCAUUUUUAUCGCCUAUGCACUUGAAUCUCUCAGUGCGUAAAGCUAGGUUACAGUGUACCUACGACUAUGGUUUCAUUAUUCUCUGGUUGGUCGGGCACACACCGAGCUACUCUGUCAGCCAAUAUCACUCAUCCCUUGACGGUACAUGCCAUCGACCGACGUUAUAGUUUACUGAGAACACCGAGUGUAUCCCUUAUAUAAUCCUAACGUUAUAUUCAGUGCGCAAUACUCAAUAAUUGUUUCUACGAUCAUAUAGCAGUUUUUUGUUUGUGAUGAUGCCUGGAUGCUAUCCUAAUUUAUGUUUUAUCCUAAAAUAUAUUUGUUGAUCAAUUUUCAACUAGAAAAUGUAUUAUAUUGAUGUUUUUAUUCAUAUUUCCUUUAAACAUAAUAUUAAUUUGAGAUUGUUUUGAACUUUUGAAUGGGUAGACACAACAUGCCUGGUGAAUUCAGUGACAGUUUUUGUGAACAUUUUCGUUGCCUUCGGAUUUCAGAAGCUGACGGAUCUUUAGUAGUCUAACGUUUCACAUAAUUCCUGUAAUUCUCUGAAUCGGUGUAUGAAGUAGACUCUACAAUACCUGCAAUAGUUUAACAUAAAUUGAAUAAAAAUGUGUGAUGAAAAAUGAGGGAAGUUUUGGGACAGGUAAAAUGAAUCGUAAGAAAGAUUCAACAUGUUUUAUAAAACUUUUUUCCUUCUUUGGAUUUAAAAAAAAAAAAAAAUAGAUAUCUUUAGCUAUGUUUUGGAAAACAGCCAUAACGCAUUAAUUGAAAUAAAAAUUUAUACGUC